AUGGCAAACAGCACGGAAAAGAGCUGCAGCAUGCUGGUGUUCAACGACAAGGCCAUAACAGCAUCUGAGAUCAAGGAGGCCCUGGAGCACGGCGACGCCGAGGCCAAGGCGGUCGCCAUGCGGAAGGCCAUCACCAUGCUGCUGUCGGGGGAGCAGCUGCCGCAGCUGUUCAUCACCAUCGUACGCUAUGUGCUGCCCUCCGAAGAUCACACUGUGCAGAAGCUGCUGCUGCUCUAUUUGGAGGCGAUUGAGAAGACGGACGCAUCGGGGAAAGUUCUGCCGGAGAUGAUUCUCAUCUGCCAGAACCUGCGCAAUAACCUGCAGCACCCUAACGAGUACAUCCGCGGCGUUACUCUGCGGUUCCUGUGUCGCAUCAAGGAGGAGGAGAUUCUGGAGCCGCUGGUGCCCUCCAUCCUGGCCAACCUGGAGCACAGGCACAGCUACGUGCGCCGCAACGCGGUGCUGGCCAUCAAUGCUCUCUACAGGUCGGGCGCGGCGCUUGGGCGGGGUGAGCUGAUGCUGGUGGACGCGCCGGAGCUGAUCGAGCGGUUCUUGGGACAGGAGCAGGACCUGUCCGCCAAGCGCAACGCAUUCGCAAUGCUGACGACCCACGCUGCGGACCGCGCCGUGGCCUACCUGUUCAACCACCUGGACAACCUGCCGCUGUGGGGGGACAUCCUGCAGAUGGCAGUGCUGGAGCUCAUACGCAAGGCGUGUGUGACCCACCCCGAGUCCAAGGGCAAGUACAUCAAGAUCAUCCUAGCCUUGUUGCAGUCGUCAUCAACAGCCGUCGUCUAUGAGUGCGCCGGCACACUGGUGACGCUUAGCCAGGCCCCCACCGCCAUCCGCGCCGCCGCCAACUGCUACUGCCAGCUGCUGGUCAGCCAGAGCGACAACAAUGUCAAGCUCAUCGUGCUGGACCGGCUGUCUGAGCUGAAGGAGAAGCACCGCGACGUGAUGCGUGACGUGCUGCUGGACAUCCUGCGCGCCCUGGCCGCGCCCAACUCUGACAUCCGCCGCAAGACCCUGGACCUGGCCCUGGAGCUCAUCGACGGCCGCAACAUUGACGAGGUGGUGAUGGUGCUGAAGAAGGAGAUCGUGAAGACGCAGUCCUCCUCCAGCGACGCCUCAGACCGCGGGCCAGAGUACCGCCAGAUGCUGGUCGGGGCCAUCCACACCUGCGCUGCCAAAUUCCCCGACGUGGCGUCCAAUGUGGUGCACCUGCUGAUGGACUUCCUGGGUGACUCGUCGACGUCUGCCGCACUGGACGUGGUCUUCUUUGUGCGCGAGAUGUGUGAGACGCACCCCGCCCUGGUGCCCAGCGUCCUGGAGCGGCUGCGCGACAAUUUCCCCACCAUCAGGUGA